CAGUCUACACUCAUCUUUCUGUGACUGACUGUGAGUGUAAGACCGAAUUGGGUUUUCAGAGAUGGGGUUGCAGACGCUUGAUCUGUUGAAGAACGAGCUCCCCCUUAAGCAAGAAUCUUUAGUUUUGUCUGAGGAUGUUGUCACUGGUCUCGUUCUUGUUGAUGUCAUCAAUGGCUUCUGUACUGUGGGAGCUGGGGAUCUGGCUCCAAAAGAGCCCAAUAAACAAAUAUCUGGAAUGCUGGAGGAGGCUGUGAAGCUUGUCAGAGUGUUCUGUGAGAAGAAAUGGCCUGUUAUGGCUUUUCUUGAUUCACAUCAUCCAGAUAAACCUGAGCUUCCCUACCCUUCUCACUGUUUAAUUGGAUCAGAAGAAUCAAAUCUGGUUCCAGCAUUGCAAUGGCUGGAAAAGGAACCUAAUGUAACAAUUAGGCGCAAAGAUUGCAUGGAUGGGUUUAUUGGUUCAAUGGAGAAAGAUGGCUCAAAUGUCUUCAUAGAUUGGGUGGGAAGCAAUAAGAUCAAUGUUAUAUUGGUGGUAGGGGUAUGCACAGAUAUCUGUGUUUUUGAUUUCGUGGCUUCCACAUUAUCUGCGAGAAAUCAUGGUUUUCUUCCCCCUCUCAAGGAUGUGGUGGUUUACUCUCAUGCCUGUGCAACAUUUAAUUGUCCAGUUCAGGUUGGAGAAAACAGCAAAGAAGUUAUGGAUUAUCCACAGGAGCUAAUGCAUCAUGUUGGCCUAUUCAUGGCUAAGGGAAGGGGAGCCAAGGUAGUGCAGGAAGUUUCUUUUGGUCCACUGAAGGAGAAAUGAUCAACCACCAAGGACCAGACAAUGCUGUUAUUCCAUACAAAGGUUAUCAGUGGGAUAGUUAUUGUAAUUGAAUGGGAUUGGAUUAGUAGUGUACUUAAAUUGUAAGGUAAUGGCUAUUUAAGUAGUGUUGGUUGUGAAAGUUAUCAAGUUGCUUGUAUGUAUAUAAAGAUGGUUUGUUUAGGACAUGGAAGAAGAUUUAUAUGUAUUGUGCUCUAUAUGUGAAACCAGUUGUUCUAUUAAGAAACUGUUUGAAAAGAAAAGUAAGUGAAAUUAAUGGAAUAAUAAGAUCUUAAUGGC